UCAGUUUUUGCCGGACUUUAAUCUCGUUGUGAGAUUAUCCUUUCCCGCUCCUGCCUUGGCCCAUACUGUACCCGAGCUGGUGCCAGAUAUCAAGCUGCUAUAUGAAGCUCCCUCGGACGACUCGAUCACUAUCAAGCUCUCAUUUUUGCCAUAACUGCAGAAAUGUAAGCCCUGUGGUCAAUUCGGUUCGAAAAGAAAAUGGAAUCACUGAAGAUUGGCAAUUUGUUGAUGACAUCAACAAAAUUAUGAGAGGGAAACAGAGCUGGCAGAUCGCAUUGAGCAGGGAGCUCGUCUCGAAGAGAUUGAAGCCUAGUCAUGUUGAAGAGAUUUUGAUCGGCACCCUAGAUGAUCCCAGAUUAGGUCUGAGGUUUUUCAAUUUUCUUGGUUUGUACAGAGGAUUUGACCAUUCAACAACGUCUUUUUGCAUCUUGAUCCACGCUUUGGUCCAAGCUAAUCUCUUCUGGCCUGCAUCAUCUCUGUUGCAGACGCUUUUGCUUCGUGCCCUAAAGCCAAGUGAGGUUUUUGAUGUGCUUUUUAGCUGUUACAAAAAUUGUAAGCUUACUUCAAGCUCGAGUUUUGAUUUAUUGAUUCAGCAUUAUGUACGAAGUAGGAGAGCUUUAGAUGGGGUUUUGGUAUAUAAGAUGAUGACGAAAAUUGGUUUACUUCCAGAAGUGAGAACUUCGAGUGCUCUCUUACAUGGUUUAGCUCAUUGUAGGCAUUUUGGUUUGGCAGUGGAGAUGUUUGACAAUAUGAUCAAUGUUGGCAUUUGUCCUGAUGCAUACAUGUUCUCAGGAGUGAUACAUAGCUUGUGUGAGUUGAAAGAUCUCUCUCGAGCUAGAGAAAUGCUUGUUCGUAUGGAGGCAAUUGGAUUUGAUGUGAAUAUAGUUCCAUAUAAUGUCUUGAUAAGUGGGCUCUGUAAGAAUCAGAAGGUCUGGGAGGCAGUUGAGAUAAAGAACAGUUUAGCCGGAAAGGAGCUGAAACCAAAUGGUGUGACAUAUUGUACCUUAGUCCACGGGUUAUGUAAAGUGCAUGAAUUUGAGCUUGGAUUAGAGAUGAUGGAUGAGAUGUUACGUUUGAGCUUCAGUCCUAGUGAAGCUGCAGUCUUAAAUUUGGUAGUGGGAUUAAGGAAGAAGGGGAAGAAUGAAAAGGUGCUUAACCUGCUUAAAAGAAUAGCAGAAAGUAGUGUGUCGCCUAAACUUUUCGUGUAUAAUGCAUGGCUUGACUCGCUAUGCAAAGGCAGAAAGUUUGACGAAGCUGAGUUGUUAUUCGAUAGGAUGGGACAACUUGGGUUAUGCGGGAAUGAUAUGACUUAUUCAAUUUUGAUAGAUAUGUUUUGUAGAAGAGGGAAACUGGCCACUGCACUUAAUUUCCUUGGGAAAAUGAUAGAUACGGGUUUAAAACCAAGUGUUUAUCCAUACAAUUCUUUGAUUAACGGGCACUGCAAGUUUGGUGACAUUAGUGCUGCAGAGAGUGUCAUGGUGGAGAUGAUUAAUAAAAAGUUAAAGCCAACGGUGGUAACAUACACGUCACUGAUGGGUGGUUAUUGUAGCAAAGGGAAGAUACACAAAGCUCUUAGGCUCUAUCAUGAGAUGACCGAGAAAGGUAUCGCUCCGAGUAUCUAUACAUUCACAACGCUUAUCUCCGGUCUUUUUCGUGCUGGGUUGAUUUGUGAUGUUGUAAGGUUAUUUAGUGAGAUGGCAGAAUGGAACAUUGAGCCAAACAGAGUGACUUAUAAUGUCAUGAUCGAGGGUUAUUGCGAAAAAGACAUUGCUAAAGCCUUUGAGUUGCUGAAUGAGAUGAUCCAUAAAGGUAUUGUACCGGAUACAUAUACCUAUAGACCGUUGAUACAUGGACUAUGUUUAACAGGUCGAGCUUCGGAAGCCAAAGAGUUUGUGGAUGGCCUACACAAGGGAAACCAUGAGCUGAAUGAGAUAUGUUACACCACACUAUUACACGGGUUUUGUAGAGAAGGAAGAUUGGAGGAUGCAUUAAGCAUUUGUCAGGAGAUGGUUCAAAGAGGGGUGAAUUUGGACCUUGUGUGCUAUGGUGUUCUUAUAGAUGGAAGCUUAAAGCACAAAGAUCGAAAGAUGUUUCUUAGACUUUUAAAGGAGAUGCAUGAUAGAGGACUCAAACCUGAUGAUGUGAUGUAUACAAGUAUGAUUGAUGCAAAGAGCAAAAAUGGAGAUUUCGAGGAAGCAUUUGGGAUAUGGGAUUUGAUGAUAACUGAAGGAUGUGUACCUAAUGAAGUCACUUACACUGCUGUUAUCAACGGAUUAUGCAAAGCCGGGUUUGUAAAUGAAGCUGAGGUUUUAUGUUCAAAAAUGCUGCCUGGCAAUGUGGUUCCUAACCAAAUAACAUACGGUUGUUUUCUUGACAUUCUCACCAAAGGACAAGGAGAUAUGCAGAAAGCUGUGGAACUCCAUAAUGCGAUAUUGAAAGGGCUUUUAGCUAACGCUGCUACAUACAAUAUGUUGAUCCGUGGAUUUUGUAGACAAGGGAGAAUGAAUGAAGCUUCUGAGCUCAUAACAAGAAUGACAGGCAAUGGUGUUUCCCCUGAUUGUAUAACCUACACAACAAUGAUCUAUGAGUUAUGUAAGCAGAACGAUGUGAAGAAAGCGAUUGAGUUAUGGGACUCGAUGACGGAAAAAGGCGUAAUCCCUGAUAGAGUAGCGUAUAAUACCCUGAUACACGGUUGUUGUGUGUCAGGAGAAAUGGAGAAGGCAAUUAAGUUGAGGAGUGAGAUGUUGAGACAAGGCUUGAAGCCUAACUCCAAAACCUGUGGAACAUCUAUUUUGAAUAAUUUUAAUUCGAAAUCCUGA